CAGCGACAUGGGCAGCUAGUAUCUGACCUAACUACAUAACUAGCCAUCCAAUAUUUGUGAAUAAAUGUCAAGUUGAUUACCAGAAGGCAAUAUGUGAUUAUACCAACUACGUUUCUACUGUCUAAUGCAAGUAUUGAGGAUUUGGCGUCAGGUGAUGGCGUCAGAGGAGCAAGCCAGUGAGGAGGGGGAGUACCAGAGUGUUGAGGACAGCCUGCCUCGCGACAUGGUUCAGUACAGAGUACGCUACUCUCAUGCUAGGAACACAGAGAAGUUUGACUUCAAGGAAGACAUCAGCAAAAAGAGGUGUCCAGCGGGCCGGCCGGGCGCCUGCAGGCUGAAGAGGGUCGUCUCCUGCAAGAGGAAGACCCACCGCCUGGCCGUGGCUCGCAGGAAGCAGGCGGGGCCGUGCCGGGCGGCGGACACGGCUGGCAGGCAGGACCAGUCGGAUCCUGAGGAGGACCAGAUCUUCCACAUGGACCCCUGGGAGCUCCCCACAGCCAGUCACCCAGGCAGCCCUGGACAGGAAAGCUCCAGAAACACAGACUACUUCACUGAGAUGUCCAGGGAUCACAGCGCUAUGAUUGAAGUGCUUUUCAGCAGGAACCUGCGACUGACUGUAGCGAUGACCCUGUGGAGAAGAAAUGUUGGAGAAUUCCUUACAUACCUUGUAAGAAUCCAAGACACUGCUGUGUUUGUUGACUGUCUUCCUAUCAUCACUGAAAGCAUUAAAGAAGAGUCACCUCUCUUUUCUAUUGGCUGUUGUGUCGACCUUUUACCACUAGUGAGAACAGCCCUUACCAGUCCUUAUGAAGGGUAUCUGACGGCAGGGUUAAGCUGGCUGGAAUCUGUCCUGAAGACAAGGUGGAAGGAUCUGGCUGCCUGUGGCUGUAGUGGAACUGGCACCCAAUCAUCAGAUAGAAAUAUCCAGAUUUUUAAACAGCAAAUACUGGACAUGUGGACCCAGGAAGCGUGUUGGACCCUGGCCCCCGGGGCUGCCGGGGCCCCCGGGGUCCCCGGGGCUGCCGGGGCCGCUGGGGCUGUGGCAGCGGUUAUACACACCUACCUGUCACACCUGUCUCACCUGCCCUGAUGAGAACCACCCACAUGCUCACCGGAGGGCUGUACGAGCAGAUGUCGUUGCUAUUCUUAAAUGGAAAACAUGUUUUUAGAUAUACAGUAUAAACCUCAUCAGAUGAUGACUGCUCAUCAGAAUCAAAGAGAUUGUUCAUUAUGUUUACAUUUUACUUGACAGUUGUGCCCUUUUUCUCAUUGUGAAUAUGUAUAAAUCAUGCAUACAUUAAAGAUUCUGUGAAAAUACAGAAAUUGACUUCAUAGUGUAGCCAUUUAGGUUGAAGAACUGUGUGAUAGAAAAU